AUGGGAAUCCUCAUUUGCAUCGUCGAUUGGAAAGGAUACUUGGGUAUUUGUCCGUGCGGUGACAAAUCGGAAGCAGAUGAGGUGCUGAAACGCAUGCAAAGUGAUCGCCACCAGUCACCUUCCAUCACACGGCAAAAGGAGGUGCGUGGCAGGCAAAAAUACCAACUACAUGUGCCCUACCGCUUACUACGGAGCCAAAAAACUCAACAGUACACUGCGAUGGCUAAAAUGGAACACCGCUGGAGGGUGGGACGUCUUCGUCUAACCACUGUGGGCAUUUUUCUAGAACAACAUGCCUCGGACAUGCACCUGCCCGACUCUGCCGUUGGCAAGUCAACUUGUGCGAGACGCCAGCUACUAAUCUAG